GCAAGCUAGCUCCAACCUGAGGCAAUCGUCUUAUUCAGAAAACUGAACAAAAUUAGCAUGGAGAAGCAGCAGGGCCAAAAGAUGGAGAAAAAGGCAGAGAGUGAUCAAGAGCACAAGAAAGCAGAGAGCUUAGAGGGUCUCCCAGUUGAGGAUAGCCCCUAUCUUCAAUACGAGAACUUGGAGGAUUACAAGCAGAAGGGCUAUGGAACCCAAGGCCAUCUCCAACCGAAGCCUGGCCACGGCGCUGGUGCCACCGACGCACCCACUCUCUCUGGCAGCUCGGUCCCCCUCGAGUCUGAUGUUAGUACUAUCGAUGCUAUAACCAGUCGUCACGAUCUGGGGACUCGCUGAAUUCUAUAUAUCGCUUAUAUAUUGAUAUAUAUAUAUAUAUAUAUAAGGUUGAGCGAGUCCUUAAUAAUUUGUAUUUUCCUUUUCAUUGAUUGUCUUUUUUUGCAAUUGAUGCAUUGUAAAAAUUAAAAAAUAUAUAUUUAUUACAUAUUAUUUGUUAA